UCCCGAACGUGCGGCGAACAUUGCCGACAGUGUGACGCCUAGCGGACAUACAGACAUCACACUCACAGUCCACGAAAGUAUUAUGAAGAAGAUGAAGCCCGCUGUUGUAGCCGAUGAAAUGUUCCCAGAAGGAGCUGGGUCCUUCAUGGAUCUGGAAGAGGAAAUUUGAGCCAUGAACUUCCGCGGAGUGCCCCCGGGUUUUCUGGACCUACUGGAAGGUCUGACUGCAGAAGUGGUCAGGAACAGGCCCACAGAUAUAACCACGUUUGCCUCCGAACACUUCGAGAACCUCUUGAAACUCAGGGGAAACUCAGGACAAGAGAUUGUUGAGGAUACAGGAGAGAGAGAUCAUACUGAUACUAGAGAGGGCAACUACAGGGAGCAAGAACGUGUACUGUCACAGGCGGGUGGGUCGGGUGGUCUGAUGAUGGAGCUGGCAGCCAAUGAGAAGGCAGUACACUCAGAUUUCUUCAAUGACUUUGAUGACUUAUUUGAUGAUGAGGACCUUUCCUAGCAGUGUUGAGUCCAGCUGGGGGAAGCUAUGGAACAUCUGCCAUCUACACAGCCUCCAGUUUACAUGUCGAUUUGUUCUAUCAUUGUACAUACAAGCUAGUCUUUUGGACCGUAGCUAUGGUGCUACAUACUUGUACAUGUUGGUGUACAUGUAUUAUCUAAGUUCACUUUCAAGUUUGUACCACAUUUGUUAUUCAUUGUAUGUAUGUCUUGUUAUUUUUGUAGUCUAUUUCUGCUCAUCUCAUCAUGUUACAAAGAUGUGCACAUGUAAAGAUAUGUAGGCUACCAUGCUAACAUACAUGCUAACUGCAUUGUAUGUGGAAGUAUGUCACUGUUCCUCAUUGCUAAUGUUUGUAAAUGCUCUCUAUUUGUAUCAUAUUUCUUCAUGCACACAUUAGAUUCUCAAUAGAUCAGAGGAAUAAAA